AUGCAAGGAGUAGCUCAGAAACAGAGAUUAAGCAACAUGUGCAAUGAUGGCCUGGGAUCCUGGUACACUUGGGAUGCCUCAGGGGAUGAUAUUGGAGCAGAAAAUGGAACUGAACUCCUAACCAACCUGGAUGGUUUUUAUCGUGAUUUAUCACUUUAUUUUACAGCAAAAAUUGUCCUCUAUGUCUUCAUUUUAGUUAUUAGCAUUUUUGGAUUUAUGGGGAAUGGAACCGUCAUCUGGUUUCUUGGUUUUUGCAUGAAGAGGAAUCCUUUCACCACCUUCAUACUACAUCUGGCUGUUGCUGACCUUGGGGUUCUCAUUUGUUUAUCUUCUUGUUUGAUUAUGUAUCUUUUGAUGUCAUUUUCAUCCUUACCUAUGAAUAUGUUUGUGGAGUUUUCCGAGGUGUUCUUGUUGUUCAUGUACAACACUGGUCAAUAUCUGUUGACAGCCAUUAGCAUGGACAGGUGUGUUUCUGUUGUUUUCCCAUUUUGGCACCGAUGCCACCGACCACCACACUUUUCCACCCUUGUGUGUGCCACAAUAUGGAUCAUUUCUUUCCUUUUCACUGUAAUCUGCUGGAUUCUUUAUAUUUUUAAUAUUAUGAUGGAGCUUCAUUUCUACCAGCUUCUGAUGAAUGCUGUACUUUGCCUCCCACUCAUGACUGUUUCCACUCUUGUCCUGUUUAUAAAAGUUUGGUUUCAAUCACAACAGAGGAAGAAGGGAAAAGCUUUAAGAGCCAUUCUACUUGCCCUCAUCAUCUUCCUCUUCUUAGCUUUCCCAUUUACUUUCAUUGUAUUAAUAAAUUUUUUCACUUCACUUAUAAACUAUAAAGUGCAAUCUGUUGCAAUACCUGCUGGGCUCUUUUGCAGUUGCCUGAAUAGCAGUAUUAAUCCACUGAUUUAUUUCCUGAUUGGAAGAAACAAGAGGGCUCGAUCUAGGGAGAGCAUGAAGGUCAUACUCCAGAGACUUUUCAAAGAGGAGGAAGAUUGCAGAGAGAAGUGAGAAAUUCCAGUUCAAACCCGGAUGUGAAGACUUCAAAAUAGCUCAGAAAGCUUCCUUUUCUAUCUCUUGGUGUAUUUCUUGGUACUUGUUUUCCUCUGUACUCACUAUUUUAUUAUUUUGGAUUAAUUUACUCUGUUAAUUUCUGUUCUCAUUUUAGAAGUAUCGUUAAAAGCUCCUUGGAUUCCCUA